UACCAAAAAAUCUUUCAUGUGAUGGCGGAGUUAGAGAACCCGAACGUGAUGCCGAACCUGCUAGCGUUUCUGUCUUCUUUGCUGGAAGAAGUGGCUGGACCAAACGAUGCGGAUUCUGGGUUUAAGGGUCGGCAGAUUUCGGUGUUUCAGGGGCUGACUCGGCCGACCAUCUCGAUUCAGAGCUACCUGGAGAGGAUCUACAAGUACGCGAAUUGUAGUCCGUCUUGUUAUAUUGUUGCGUAUGUUUAUCUCGAUCGGUUUGCUCAAAGGCAACCCUCGUUGCCCAUCAAUUCUUUCAACGUUCAUCGGCUGCUUAUUACCAGUGUCAUGGUUGCUGCUAAGUUCAUGGAUGAUUUGUAUUAUAACAACGCUUACUACGCAAAAGUAGGAGGAAUCAGCACGAUAGAAAUGAACUUCCUGGAAGUGGGUUUUCUGUUCGGGUUGGGAUUCAACUUAAACGUAACCCCAAAUACCUUCCACACCUACUUCUCUUACCUACACAGGAAGAUGAUGUUGCACCAACCUCCACCCCCAAGUAUCAUUAUUGCAGAAGCAGCCUAUUCGUGUUUCAAUGAAGAAGAAUCCUCUCGCUAAAACCAACAACUAGCUG